CGCCUUUUUCGAUCUGUGUCUUUCACAGCGUACGAGGCUGACAUGGCUGCAGCUCCCCGGACAGAGGAAACGGACCCCCAGGAACUGAGGGAGGAGUUGGAGCUACAGAUCGAAGAUGCUGCCUUUUCACUUACCAAGCUUCUGGAGACUACUUCAGUAAUUUCAUCCCAAGUGGAAGAGCUAGCAACUAAAUGCUCCGAAAAUGCACGUUUCCUUAAGGCUUGGCGAGAUCUUCUGAAGGAGGGCUACCAGGCCUUUAACAACAGUUGAUAUCACACAGCCAUGUACUGCGUAUGUGCGUGCGCAUAGAAAUGACGAAUGAAGAAGUGGAUUUAGUAAUAUGGCUGCUUUUCAGUGAUCACACGUUUGGGGGUUACUCCUUCGUAUUUACUUUGUAAAGAUUUCUGGUUAUUACAUUAUUUUUCCUGUAUUAAAGCCUUUUUUUGUGUAUGACUAUUAAAAUGUUGAUGAUGAA